AUGUCGAAAACCUCGCAGUCCAUACUGGGCAUCCAAGGAUCGCAAUGGAACACUUCUUCCAGCAGACCUACUGUCGCAGUGUUAUUUCAAGCAAUCGAUCCCCCUAUGAUCAACGGAGUCUAUAAACCAUGCAAACCAGGCGGAUAUCAGGAUUCAGGUGCAGAUAUUGCAUACACAUUACGUUCUAAGGGAAUCGAGGUCAUCACGCCCCAUCCCUCCCCGUCUAGUGCCCAGCAUGAGGGCUGGUGUUUCCCAGAUUCAGAAGAAGGCAUACAUUCCGCAGUAACCCAGGGCGCCACACACAUAUGGGCAAAUACGAUCGUAUUUGCUUCCCAUCCUCUCCAAACAGCAUCAUGUCUGGAUAGCUAUGCUCCGACUCUACAGGUCGUAGGCCAACCGCCGGGUCUGGUAGAGAACUUCGAUGACAAGAUGUACCUGAACGAUAAACUGCGUGCACGAGGGGGUUUUACCUUGCCUCAGUCAUGGGCAGUGGAGGUAGGAGAGGACAUAGAUGCCUUGAUUCAGUCAAUUCCCAACUACCCUAUCGUCGGGAAACCAGUUCGUGGGCGCGGCAGCCAUGGCGUGAAAGUCUGUGAUACUCCCCGUGAACUGAAAAGUCACAUUGAAUCGCUAUUCAGAGAAUCACCUGUGGUUUUGCUAGAAGAAUUCCUAGCUGGCGAGGAAGCUACAAUCACCGUCAUGCCUCCUUCAAUUAACCAACCGAAGUAUUGGAGCAUGUCUCCUGUGGUCAGAUUCAACCACGACCAAGGUGUCGCGCCGUACAAUGGCACAGUGGCUGUUACUGCCAAUUCCCGCAUUGUCUCCAAGGAUGAGAUGCGAGAUCGAGCCUAUGAGGAGGCGAUGCGCGAAUGUGAAAGGGUAGCAAGUCUCAUCAAGGCUACGGCUCCCAUCCGUAUUGACGUCCGGCGAUUCCGACAUGGGUCAGAUUUUGCUAUUUUUGAUGUUAAUAUGAAACCUAACAUGACUGGUCCUGGUCGACCAGGUCGCGAGGAUCAAGCUAGCCUGACUGCUAUGGCAGCGGCUGAAUGUGGAUGGGACUAUCCUACGCUAUUGGAAAAUAUACUAAAUGGGGCCUCGACACUGGAGACGCUACGUCAAUAUCGUACUCCUUUAUGA